CCCUGUUGAGGAGGACAGAGAUACAAAGAUAAUCUCGAAGGAUGAGAAAGGUUGCACUGCUAGCGGUUCUGGUAGAAACUUUUGGGUGAGUGGACUGGCUUCCACUACCAGAGCUACAGAUUUGAAGAAUCUGUUUAGCAAAUAUGGGAAGGUGGUAGGUGCAAAAGUGGUCACCAAUGCUCGCAGUCCUGGUGCUCGCUGUUACGGCUUUGUUACGAUGUCUACAGCCGAGGAAGCAACAAAGUGUAUUACUCACCUCCACAAAACAGAGUUACAUGGGAAAAUAAUUUCCGUAGAAAAAGCAAAAAAUGAACCUGCUGGGAAGAAGCCAAGUGGGAAAAAAGAGAAUGAAGCAAAGAAAGAAACAGUCAGUGAGAGACCUGGCAGUGUUAAAAGGGAUGAGAAAUCUGAGCAAAAGGACGAUCCUAAAAAGACAGAAGACAAAGAUGAAAAGGAAAAAAAAGAUAAAGAUGAACUGAAGUCUGGUUCAUCAGAUCAACCUAAAACUGUUAAGUCAGGAAGUAAAGGAACAGAGAGAACAGUAGUAAUGGAUAAAUCCAAAGGAGAACCUGUUAUUAGUGUGAAAACAUCAACUGCAUCAAAAGACAGGAGCAUUAAAAGCCAGGAUCGCAAAUCAGAAAGCAGAGAGAGACAAGGCAUUGUGCCAUUUGACAAAAUUAAAGCACAGCGAAAAAUGAGGGAGGCAGAGCAGCGCCGCACACGUGAGCGUCGAGAGAGACAGCAGCACCUGCAGACUAUCCGGGAACGAGAAGAAAGGGAGAGGCUUGAGAUUGCUCGUGAGAGACUGGAAAUUGAAAGGCAGCGUCUUGAACGAGAACGGAUGGAAAGAGAAAGACUGGAAAGAGAACGAAUGCACAUAGAGCACGAAAGGAGAAGAGAACAAGAUCGCAUUCAGCGAGAAAGAGAAGAGCUGCGACGCCAGCAUGAGCAACUGCGCUAUGAACAAGAACGUCGGUCUGCAAUGAGGAGACCAUAUGACAUAGAUGGCAGGAGAGAUGAUCCAUACUGGCCAGAGGCAAAACGAAUGGCACUGAAUGAUAGGUACCAUUCAGAUUUCAGUCGCCAGGAUCGCUUCCAUGACUUUGAUCACAGGGAUCGUGGCCGCUAUCAAGACCAUUCAAUAGACAGGAGAGAUGGAUCAAGGACAAUGAUGGGAGAUCGGGAUGGACAACAUUAUCCAGAUGAGCGCCAUGGAGGACCAGACCGUCAUUCACGAGACUCUCGGGAAAGUUGGGGUAGCUAUGGAUCUGACAGAAGAAUGAGUGAAAGUAGAGGGAUACCCCCACAGUCGCGGGAUGGACGUGACUGGGGAGAUCACGGUCGAAAGUUUGAAGGACAUCAAGAUCGUUCAUGGCAGAGCACCGUGGAUGGAGGAAUGAUAGGACGGGAUCAUGAGAGAUGGCAAGGUGGAGGUAGAGGCAGACCUGGCCAUGUGAUGCAUCGUGGAGGCAUGUCAGGGCGUGGAGGUUUCAUGCAAGGUGGCAACCAAAGUCAGAUGAUGCAUGGAGGAGGAAUGCAAGGAGAAGGAUUUGCUGGCCAGGAGAGAGCAAACAGACCUAAUGAUCCUCGUUUCAACCGUCGCUACUGAAUGUGUUUUAAUUUUUAAUGCAAGGUGGCAACUGAAAUGAAUUUGUUACCCAGGGUUACCAUUAAUUGUAACUUAUGGGCUACUGUAAGUGUAAUUUUUUUUUAAGCUGCUGCCAUAUUAUGUCAUUCAAUCCAAUGUGAACUCAUUUGUUUUGUAAUGUGUUGUUCAUAUCCCAUUUAAAAUGUUUGUUAAUGAAGCAUUCCAUUUUCCAUAAAUAAAAUCCAGUUUACAGUUAA